AUGUUCAAGAGGUUCAUGGAGGUCACAUAUGAAGCAGAAGUUAUGAAUACUGAAGAGGACGAAGAGUUUCUCGCACUUGCCGCGGAAAAGUGUAACGAGAACAUAACGACCAGAGAUAAAUUAAUUGAUGAACUUAGAACUAUGGUCUAUGAGCGCGGUGAGUGCUUUCCCUUAAGGACGGAUGACAGAUUCCUACUAAGAUUUCUGCGCGCGAGGAAAUUCCAUGUAUCUAAAGCACAUAGACUGAUGGUGAAAUACUGCAUGUUUAGAGAACAAAGCCCUCAUCUGUGGACAAACGUGGACCUCUGGUCCUUGAAGAUAAUGAAAGACGUUUACGAGAUUACGUUCUGCGACCAACCGGAUAUUGGACGUGUCGGCAUAACUAGACUGGGAGUGUGGAACACAAGUGAGUUUGAUGCAGACGUUUUUAUGAAAGCUGGUGGAUCGCUAGUGGAAAUUUGUGCACGCCAGCCAAAACUGCAAAUUCUGGGUCUUACCCUUAUUGUUGAUUUAGAAGGAUUAACCUUGAAUCAUGUAUCCAAGUUAACGCCCACAGUUUGUCAACAGAUCGUACUUUUGGGGGGUGUGGCAACGUACAUAAACAUAAACAGCUGUCACCUCAUCAACUAUUCCUGGAUGAUGUACACAGGCCUGUAUGUACUGAAGAGGUUCUUACCCCGGCAAUUUCUGAGCAAGUUUCACUUCCAUGGGAAAGAUUUGAAGUCGCUACAGCAGCACAUCCCUAUUGACUGUUUGCCGGAGAGAUACGGUGGCACCUGCAGAUUAUGGUGCAGUUAUGAUACGUGGCUGCAUAAAAUAAAGAAAUAUAGGACGAAAGAAUUCGAUAUUGAAAUGCAACAAAUGGGAUAUGUCAUAUGA